CCCGUCCUUCGGCCCAUGGACCUGAUGGUGGAGGCCACUCCACGGAGGGUGUUUGCCAACGCUCACACCUACCACAUCAACUCCAUCUCCGUCAACAGCGACUAUGAGACCUACAUGUCAGCSGAUGACCUGAGGAUAAACCUGUGGAAUUUUGAAAUCACCAAUCAAAGUUUUAACAUUGUGGACAUCAAGCCGGCCAACAUGGAGGAGCUGACGGAGGUGAUCACGGCCGCCGAGUUCCACCCUCACCACUGCAACACCUUCGUGUACAGCAGCAGCAAAGGCACCAUCCGCCUGUGUGACAUGCGCACCGCCGCCCUCUGCGACCGCCACGCCAAGUUUUUUGAAGAGCCUGAAGACCCGAGUAACCGGUCRUUUUUCUCUGAGAUCAUCUCCUCAAUCUCGGAUGUCAAAUUCAGCCACAGUGGAAGGUACAUCAUGACCCGGGACUACCUCACUGUCAAGGUGUGGGACUUGAACAUGGAGAACCGGCCCAUCGAGACCUACCAGGUCCACGAUUACCUGCGGAGCAAGCUCUGCUCUCUCUACGAGAACGACUGCAUCUUCGACAAGUUCGAGUGCGUGUGGAACGGCUCCGACAGUGUGAUCAUGACCGGCUCCUACAACAACUUCUUCCGCAUGUUCGACCGCAACACCAAGCGCGAUGUGACGCUGGAGGCGUCGCGGGAGAACAGCAAACCCCGCGCCAUCCUCAAACCCCGCAAGGUCUGCGUGGGCGGCAAGCGCAGGAAAGACGAGAUCAGCGUGGACAGUCUGGACUUUAGCAAAAAGAUCCUGCACACAGCUUGGCACCCCUCUGAGAACAUCAUCGCUGUGGCAGCCACCAACAACCUGUACAUAUUCCAGGACAAGGUCAACUAGGAGGACCAGGUGUUCUUUAGGAGUCUCAUGUACUGACACCAGUAAACACAUGGUUUCAACUGUUCCUUUUCUUUCUUUCUUUUUUUGUUUUCCUUUCCUUCCUGUUCUUUGUCGGUUCCUGCUCUGCAGAUUGCGGUUGUGCAGAGGAGCACGGGGGCACCUUGGGGACACCCCCAGACACCAGAUUGACAUGGGRAGAGCUGCAGGGCAGUGUGGGGUGUCAGGCCUGGCUGCCCCAUGUCCUCAGSAUGUUCCCAGGCACUGCUGGGGUGGCASUGACCCUCUGCCAAUGSCUCGGGGGUGAUGKGGCAGGGGAAGGGACACCGUGGCCCCUGGCCAGCUCUGGGGGCAGUGGUCCCACUCCACUUGCUUUAAACCUGAUCCCAGAAAUAUUCCACCUGUUGUGUUAAAGACUGGAAUGCUGCCUCCCUUUGCCAUUUUCCACAUUUGUAUUUUUAUUACAAUUAUUUUGUGUUUUACCAACAGAGACAGCAAAACCAAACGUAAAAUGAAAAAGUUCAGUUUUGCAGUGGACAAGCUUAAAGGGGGAAGGGGGGUAUGUGCUGCACCCCCAGGAGUGUCUGCUCCAGCCAGGCUGGUCCCCCCAGCCCCCAGAACCCUCCUGAGGAUUUGGCUUUGUAGAUACUGUGGUGCCUUCUUUGGUAUAUGAAAUACCUUUAUAAAUGAUGCUUCCGACCUGCAUUGAUCGCAAACCAAACCAGUCCUGGGCUCUGCUGCAGUUCUGGGCUUUGCUUUGGUCAUUUUCCUCAUUCUGUUGUGAGCUCUUGCAUGUSGUGACUGACUGUAUCUCUCUCUGUCUCUUUCUCUCUUUUUUAAUUAAUUUAUUUAUUUAUUCAAUUUUUUAAAAAAUAAAGUAUCAGUUGCUAAUUUAUGACCUAAAAAAGAAUCCAACUGUAUAUUGCUGUUAGCCCCUUACUCUGUCAGAGAGAGGCUGUCUGCAGUCCAUUAUGRUAACAGUGAUACUAAUAAUAAAACCAGUAACUCUUUCUCUUUGCAUGGCGAGGCUGCCUCUUUCUGGUCCGCAGAUUGGUCAGGUCCCUCUUGACUUGAGCAACUGUUCURUAAAAAACAGAUUGACUGGAUUUUCUGUAAAUCUGAAAACUGCUCCCGCAGCAAGAAGCAAAUGAAGUCAAUUCCAAAAUUCAGCACCAUCACUUUGGCAGUGGCUCCACAAGGGUGACCCUGCUGCCGUGGGGACAGCGGGCACUCCCAGCACCCACGGCCUUCAGAGAUCAGGACACGAUCACCAAGGGCCUGGGACAGCCUCUCUGCGGGCACCAUGAGGAUCAUGGCAUGUCCCAGCCUGGGAAAGGAACUGCAACACCCCCAGAGCUCACGGACUGCACGGAAAAUCCCGGAGCUGGUUGGACGCGGGGACCUCCUGCGCGCCGCUCUCGGAGSAGCCAUCCCAAGGGAAAAACAAAGUGCACUGGCUACGGAUUUAUUCCAAGGGAUGGCUUUMAGGAGUAACUUUUUUAAAAUGAAAUGGUAAAAUAAAAUAGCAAGAGUAAAUGAACCAUUUUAUAAGAAAAUGCUUUUUUCUGGUUCUGUAAGGAAAGGCUGCGCUGUGGUGUCAGAAGUAAAGUUGUCCCA